AUGAGUAACACGGAUUUUCUGGGCAGGGCUAUCGAUACGGUCAAGAAGGCCAUCGAGAAUGACAACGAGGGCGAAUACGAGAAGGCCUAUCAGCUCUACUACUCCGCAUUGGAGUUGUUUAUGCUGGCGCUGAAAUGGGAAAAGAACCCCAAGUCCAAGGAGAUGAUCCGCGCUAAGACUGGAGAGUAUAUGGAUCGCGCUGAGAAGCUCAAGAAUCAUCUGGCUUCCGCAGAUAAGAAGAAGCCGAGCGCUGUUGGCGCGAAUGGCAAAGUUGCGCCGGGAAGCGGGAAGGGAGGGGGCCAGGAGGACGAUAACGGCGAGGACGCGGAAGCCAAGAAACUACGAUCGGCUUUGCAGGGAGCUAUUCUUUCGGAUAAGCCGAAUGUGAAGUGGGAAGAUGUCGCUGGUCUCGAAAGCGCGAAGGAAGCCUUGAAGGAGGCUGUGAUUCUUCCCAUCAAAUUCCCCCAUCUGUUCACAGGCAAGCGGCAACCUUGGAAAGGAAUCUUGCUCUACGGACCCCCGGUACAGGAAAGUCUUACCUCGCAAAAGCCGUUGCAACCGAGGCAAACAGCACAUUCUUCAGCGUUGGUCAAGCAACUCUUCAAUAUGGCUCGUGAGAACAAACCGGCCAUCAUCUUCAUUGACGAAGUCGAUGCGCUAUGCGGACCUCGUGGAGAGGGUGAAUCCGAGGCGUCUCGACGUAUUAAAACCGAACUUCUUGUUCAAAUGGACGGUGUCGGAAAUGACUCUCGUGGAGUACUAAUUCUCGGCGCUACGAAUAUUCCAUGGCAGCUCGACGCUGCUAUUCGGCGACGAUUUCAGCGUCGUGUCCACAUCAGUCUUCCAGACUUCAAUGCACGGACAAAGAUGUUCAUGCUGGCUGUGGGCUCGACCCCUUGCCACAUGACUCCAGCCGACUACAAAAUGCUAGCGGAAAUGAGCGAAGGCUAUUCCGGUAGUGAUAUCAGUAUCGCCGUGCAAGAUGCUCUCAUGCAGCCAAUUCGUAAGAUCCAAACGGCGACGCAUUACAAGAAGGUGACUGUUGAUGGAGUUGAGAAGCUGACUCCUUGCUCACCGGGUGAUGCUGGUGCUAUGGAGAUGACUUGGCUCAGUGUUGAAGCAGAGCAGCUGCUCGAGCCUCCACUUGUCGUGAAAGACUUCAUCAAGGCAAUCAAGAACUCCCGACCAACUGUUAGCCACGAAGAUUUGACACGGAACUCAGAGUGGACCGAGGAAUUUGGAAGCGAGGGAGCUUGA